AUCCCUAUAAAUUCCUCCAAAAUAAUUCAUGAGUGACUGCUUUCCAGUAACUCUCACGUUAUUGUCUUCCCAGGCACAGGUCUCGCUGCACUUUCAUUCUGUUGCUUUUUCUCUGAAUUGUCUCUUUUUGUCAAAUUUAAAUGCCAUUGCCCUUCUGAAAUCUUUUAACUCUUGAUCUGAAGAUUGAAGAAUCAACCUCUCCCUUAUUAUUUAGCUGAACUCUUCCUUUCAUCCUUGGAAAAAAAAAAAAAAAAACUCUUCCUUUCUUUGUGUUAUAGCCAUGUCAGGCAUAGGGGAGGCAGCUAUUAGCCCUGUUUGUGACGCUAUCAAAGGCUUCUUCUUUUUUUGUCGCGCUCGCGCAGAUUACUUUGAUGAUUUGCAAGACCAUCUCAUGGACGCACAAUCGGAAAUGGAUCAACUGAAGAAAAUGAAGGAGCAUGUAGUAGAGAGGGUUCAGAAAGAAACCAAACCACAGAUGCAGCAGCUCUACGAAGUAACCGACUGGCUUAAGAGAGUAGAUGGCUUGCAGGAGGAUGCAAAGGAGAUAAUUAAAGAAGCUAAAGAAGAAAUUCGUAACAAAGCUCUCAGAUGGUUCUGUCCUAAGGGGUGCUGCUCCUACGAGAGGGUUGGAAAGAGAGUAAGUGAAAAGCUCGGAGAAGUGAAACAACUUGUAAAGGAUGGUAAAUUUGAUGCUGUUGUCGAGAGAAAGCCUUUCGAUUUAGUGAUCCAGAUGCCUGUAAGGAAAACUUUUGGGUUCGAUUUCAAACUUGAAGAAAUCUUGACAUGUAUUGAAAAACCAAGCGUGGAAAUUAUGGGGUUAUAUGGAAAGGGAGGCGUGGGUAAGACCACCCUCCUCAAGAAGAUCUACAAUAAGUUUUGCGAAAAGAGUGACUAUGUGUUGAUUUUUGUUGAGAGGUCUGAACAAGAGCCAGUGAAAGCGGCCAAAGAAGCUAUUUGCAAAAAAUUUGGUAUCUCUCAAGAGGAGUGCAAAAAUAAAGGUGAGCCAAUAAAUAACGUGAUUUCGAACAUUUUGAGAAAGGAGAAAUUUGCUUUGAUGUUGGAUGGUGUAGAAGGGCGCUGGCUACAUCAACUCUUGGACGAAAUGGGAGUUCGUCGGGACGGCGACAGGAAAGGGUCCAAAGUCAUUUUUACUACUCGGUCAAAAGUGUUAUGUGACACGAUGAAAUGUGACAUGAUGAAGGCACAAACAAUUGAAGUAGAGCUUUUGCCACCAGAAACUGCUCUACAAUUGUUUAAUUUUUGUGUGGGAUGGAACACUCCAAAUGCUAAUGGGGAGAUCCCAGAACUGGCUGGGGAACUCCCAGAACUGGCUAGGCAACUUGCUGGUGUGUGCAAUGGUUUGCCGCUUCUGCUCAUCACUAUCGGUCGAGCCAUGGCUGGUAAGACCGACCCCCGCGAUUGGGAGCGUGCAAUUGAAAAAUUGAAGACUCAGCCAUCAUCAUUUCCAGGUGUUGAAGCUAGUGUCUAUCCUGUUCUCAAGAUAAGCUAUGACAGCUUGAGCGAAGAUACCCUCUGGAACAGCUUGAGCACAGAUAGCCUCAGGAAAUGCUUUCUGUACUUUUCGUUGUUCCAAGGAGUUGAUAAUAUUAAGAAAAUGGAACUGACUGAACUCUGGAUCGCAGAAGGGCUUCUAGAUCCAUGUAAUAGCACGCAUGAAGCCAGGGAAAAAGGAGAAGAUGCUUUAGGAAGUCUAAAGAGUGCGAGUUUGUUGGAGACUGGUAAAUCAGAAGAUUUUGUUAAAAUGAAUGAUAUGAUUAAAGCAAUGACCGUGUGGCUAGCUUGUGAGGAGGGGAAGGCAGAGGACAAAGUGUUGGUACAAAAACCACAGCUUUCAACAUGGAUUAACGCAGAGAGGAUAUCGUUGUGUGGUCUUUGCAUCGAAUAUCCCCAUCAGACACCUUCUUUUCCUCGUCUUACAACAUUGCUUCUGAGGGCUGCUAAUUUGGACAUACUGCCAAGUAAAUUCUUUCAAUCUAUGCCUGCUUUGAGAGUUUUGGACUUGUCAGAUAAUAAAGGCUUAAUUGAGCUACAUGUGGACAUUGGAUAUUUGGGGAACUUAAGGUAUCUUAAUUUGUCAGGGACUUGCAUACAAAAAUUGCCAGUGGAGGUUCAAAAUUUGAAGAUGUUGCAGUUUUUGAUAUUGGAUAGGACAUCGCUCAAGCUAGAUAUUCCAGUGGGCGUGAUCUCUAGUCUUUCAUCAUUGCGGGCUUUUAGGAGGUUAUUGGUAUUUGAUCAGAUGUUGCUUCUUAAUUCUCCACUAGAUGAUCAAGCAGAGCUUCUAAAGGAGUUGGAAUCCUUGGAACACAUAGAUGAGAUUGGCAUAUUUUUAUCACAUGCUAGUUCCGUGCAAAAAGUAUUGGACACCCACAAGUUGCGACGAUGCGUAAAACAGCUGCAACUAGCACAGUGCACAGAUCGUCUACCAAAACUCUCUCUAAGAGGAAUGGAGCAUUUGGAGAGGCUUGAAUUAUUGAAGUGCUCGUCCCUGACAGAGCUUGAAAUUGUCAAAGAAAAUAAUCAGCAAGAGCCUCAGGGUUCUGAGAUCACAGUUUUCCCUGGCCACAUCUAUGGGAAAAGGCAGCAAUCUUUUCCCAACCUCUGUAUUGUGAGGAUCUGCAACUGUCCAAUAAAGAACGUGACGUGCCUCAUAAAUAUCCCGAGCCUUCAAUCUUUGAAAUUAUGUGACUGCAAUGAAAUUGUUCAAGUAAUAAGUGAAGAUUCUGGGCAAAAUGUCUUCAAAAAUCUGGUGAAAUUAUCUUUGAAACGCUUACCAAAGCUCAAGUCCAUCUACUGCCAAGCCCUACAAUUUCCUUCCCUUGUGAAGCUAGCUGUAUUUGAUUGCCCGAACCUACGAAGCCUUCCAUUGGAUUGCAACAGCGCAGAAAAAUUAAGACAAAUUAAAGGGAGUGGAAGCUGGUGGAACGAUAUGGUACCAGAAGGCAUUCGAGAUGCUUUCUCCAGUAAAUUCAGGGAAACAGAUGCUGUUGUGGAGCAUGUAGAGGAUUACAAUGCCUACGAUUCUUGUGUAGAAGCAUGGAAAGAAAUGACAACGGAGCAGGAUGAAGUUAGCGAUUGCUUUUCUCGUCCUCGUCCCGUAAAAGAAGAGGGUGAAGCUUGCUCCUCUCAUCGUUGUCCCGUAAAAGAAGAAGAUUGGGGUCUGAGUAAAAUGAAUUUUACUAUAAAACUUUUUCUUUUUUCUCUUUCUUUUUUCAUUUUAAUUAGUCAUACAAUAUUAAUUUAUUUCUUAAAAAAUAAAUUAUAAGUUGGUCAUAUAAAUUUUAAACAUAAUCGUAAUCGUGUGUGUGUAUAUAUAUAUAUAUAUAUAUAUAUAUAUAUAUAUAUAUAUAUAUAUAUUAUCUUUUAAUAAAAAUAUAAUAUAUUAUUAUCCGGUGAGCAAUGGGGAUUUGGACGGGGGAGACCCUCUCACCCUGCACGAUUGGAGCAGACUGGAGAAAAAAUUGAUCGGGUGGAACGGGACGGGCGGGUUCCAAAAAAAUAAAGAGAAGUGGAAGCUGGUGGAACGAUUUGCCGCAUGAAACAUGCUUUCUCCUGAAAAUUCAGGAAUAAAGAUGGUGUUAUGGAGCUUGUAAGGAGUUACAAGGCAAACGAUCCUCACAAGACUCCAUAUUACUAUGUACAUUCUCUGAAAGAAGAGCCGAAAGCUUGUGUUGUGCAAUAAUUAUGACAUCUCAAUGAAAAUAUAUAUUAGAAAGUCGUGACAUUUAUGGAUU